AGCACCACAAUGGCAUGUUGUCAAUGUGACAACAGCACCAUGAUGGCAUGUCGUCAAUGUGACAACAGCACCACGGUGGCAUGUCGUCAAUGUGACAACAGCACCAUGGUGGCAUGUCAUCAAUUUGACAACACCAUGGUGGCAUGUCCUCAAUGUGACAAAAGUACCAAGGGGAUAUGUCCUCAAUGCGACAAUAACAAUACCACAAGGGUGACAUGGCCUUUAAAUGAACUUUGUAAACAGUCAUACCUUAACCCUGUUCAACUGUCUAAUGGAGAUGACAAAACUCUCUAUCAUAACAUACACUGUCUAAAAUGCAACACUCUCGCAGAGUUUAAUAACGAUUUAAAUAAAUCACAUCUGUGUUCAAUGAAACUCCCGGAAAAGCAACCAAUGUACCGUUCAGAGGUUCAUUUCCAAGUCAAUCUUGAUCUUAACGAAGGGCUUGACAAUGUUAUUAUAAGAACCACAAGCUGGAAAGGCGUUUGGAAUAUUAACUUUCAACUACAAUGUGACCUUAAUAUGAGUUGUGAGGAACCAGACUGCAUUAACGCAAGCAUGCAAUGCACCCCAAUAAGCUGCCCAGUGGGCUAUAAGGCGUUGUCACAAGAAUGUGUCUUGGAUUGGAAUCUUGUCAAGGUUCAUCUAUUCUUUAACAAGCACCCUUCCUCAAGUCCCACUCUUCCAUUUCCUUAUAUGGCAAAGCUCCUUAUUACCCAAACAUAUAAGCCAGUUGGUUACAUUGUUAAACUUGAACAUAAAGUUGAAGCGAUUCAUCAAUUUAACAUUACAUUUAACGUUUUAUUCACUAGAAAUACAACCUGGGAACAGAUCGAUGCUGAAAUGGAUGAGGCAUUCGAAAAGCUACUGGACAAUGCUAACCAGAUGUUUGAACACAGUCCUAUCAUUCGAGUUGGAUAUGACUUACAUACAAAUCAAACAAGAGAGCCAAUAACUGAUAUAUUUCUUACAAGCCCAGAGCAAAGCACUGAAACUCUUACAAACAAACUCUAUCCUAGGCGUAAAGAUCCAAAUGAUGGACUUAAUGUGACACAUUUUGUUAAAUCCACUGGAAUGUCCUAUAGGUUUUCCAUGAAUAUAUGGGUUGUAUUUUGUAGCACACAAUGGUUCAUACUUCUUUAAAUAUUUACUUGGACAUGUACCAGUUUACAACAUAAAACAGGGGAACAGACCUUAAUUUCCAUGAAAUGUGCAAAUCUAUCCUACUACAUGUAUGUGGAGCCAUCUAUAUACACAUACGUUUAGUUUGAUGUAGACUGCUUAGCUUUAUAUAUAAAAUGGAUAGAUGGGGGGUAAUACUACAAAAAGUGUAGUCAUUUCAUUUUUAUAUGUCAUUUCAAUGUUGAAUAAUUUGAAUGAACAAGAUUGUGCAUCAUGCUACCAAACAUGAUCUUGGCCAUUCAAAUGGAGGAAUAUUCAUCUAAUGAGUGUGGAUUGCAUACUGUAAUACUUAAAAUGGACUUUUCACCUCAGUUGAUGUAUGUGGGGGCGUACUACAAAAGCUGGACUUUUCACCUCA